AUUCACACCAUCCCGCCACAUCGCCUACCUAUCUCACUACUGACGGCAAAGAUUGACAAAAAAAACCCUAAUUUUCAUUUUGCGGCUCUGUUCCCCACACACAAAACCUCCGACUCUGGCGAUUUUUAUGGGUUCAAGUUGCAAGUGUUGUUGAUCUUCUUCGGUUCGAAAAUGGAUUUGAUCAGCAAUCUACCAAAUCCUCUAAUCUCACACAUCUUGUCCUACCUUCCAACGAAAGAAGCAGCUUCAACAUCUGUUCUCUCGAAGAAAUGGCGUUACUUGUUCGCGUUUGUAUCAAAUCUUGAUUUUGACGACUCCGACUAUCAGAAUGAUAUAGGAAGAAGCGAUGCUGAAAUCAGUACAAGUUUUAUGGACUUUGUGGACAGAGUUUUGUCUUUGCAAGGGAAUCUUACCGUGAACAGAUUCUCUCUAGACUGUAGUAGUUUUGAUCUUGAUCUUGAUCGUGUCACUGGUUGGAUAUUAAACGUGUUGAGACGCGGUGUAUCUGAUCUUGAUCUAAGCGUCUUGGAGUAUACCUUGCCUUCUGAGGUCUUUGUGAGUAAGACGCUGGUUAAGCUGAAAUUAGGACCAGGAGAGGAUCUCUGUCUCACCCUUGAUAGGAAAGAUGUUUUUCUUCCAAAGCUUAAGACUCUCUAUCUUGAUUCUGUUACGGUUGAAGAGCGUGGGUUUGGUUUUGUGAAGCUUCUCUCUGGCUGUCCUGUGCUCGAGGAACUAGUUCUGAUGAAUAUAGGAUGGGAGUAUUGGAUGUUUUGCACUGUGUCUCUUAUAUCUCUCAAGAGGCUGACGUUUUUCCGUGAAGAGGAGUACACUGAUGAGAAUCCAAAGAGCGUGUCGUUUGUUACUCCAAAUCUUGUUUACCUUGAGUACUCUGACGCUGUUGCGGAUAAGUAUCCAAAUGUGAACUUCAGUUCGCUUGUUGAAGCUCAUAUCGGUCUUCGACUGACUGAUGAUCAGUCUGCAGAUGUAAACGUUUCAGAAGACGACUAUUUCCCGGAAGAUGAUGAGGAAAGACAGAUGACUGCUAAUGCAACAGAUUUUUUUAAGGGAAUAAGCAAUGUUCAGAUCCUUUACUUAUCUGCCAAAUCUAUUGAGGUACUUACUUUCUGCUGUGAGCCAAUCCCGGUGUUCAACAACCUGAUUCAGUUAACGAUUGAGAGUCACUCGGACGUUGGAUGGGAUUCACUGCCAGGUCUACUCAAGAAUUGUGCAAAUCUCGAAACACUUGUUUUAAAGGUAUAG